AUGGCUGAAAGCGAAGAUUUACGUGGUAUUGCUAUUACUCAUCAGAACAAUGGAAAGAAGGCACCAGAAAUUGCAGUUUUAUUAGCAAAACAGGUGCAUCGUAUUUCAAUUCAUCGUUGGAUAUGUCGAUACGAUCUAACUGAGUCAUUUCAUGUAGGAAAAUCAACAGGUAGAAUAAGAAAUGGAAGCACCAAACGAUGA